AUGCUUUGCAACUCUUCAUCUCUUUCGUUCUCUAUCACUCUCUUUUUCACUCCCUCUCUUACAUACACAUAUGAUGACAAAAACUUUACCUCUCUCUCUCUCUCUCUCUCUCUCUCUCUCUCUCUCAAACACAUACACAGACACGCAUACGUAGAAAGGUUUUGCAUCUUUUCAUCUCUCUUUUGUUCUCUCUCUUUCUGUUUCUCUCUCUCUCUCUAUCUAUCUAUCUCAGUCUGGUCACUAUCUAUCUAUCUAUCUAUCUAUCUAUCUAUCUAUCUAUCUAUCUCAGUCUGCUCACUAUCUAUCUAUCUAUCUAUCUAUCUAUCUAUCUAUCUAUCACAUAUACACAAAGAAUUUACGCUCUUUCGUCUCCUCAUCUUUCUUUCGUUCUUUCUCACUCUAACUCUAUCUAUCUAUCUAUCUAUCUAUCUAUCUAUCUAUCUAUCUAUUAGAUACACAUAUACAAAAGAAGUUUACGCUUUGCGUCUCCUCAUCUCUCUUUCGUUCUCUCUCUCUCUCUCUCUCUCUCUCUCUCUCUAUCUAUCUAUCUAUCUAUCUUUUAGACACACAUACACGAAAGAAGAUAUGUCUCUCUCCUUUACACACACCAUCCAUACAAAGUCUUUGCGUCUCCUCAUCUCUCUUUCAUUCUAUCUAUCUAUCUAUCUAUCUAUCUAUCUAUCUAUCUAUCUAUCUAUCUAUUAG